UUAAAAUCCCUCUUCACCCGAUCCCUCUUUCUUUGUCUCUGUCUCGAGAUUGCUAGUAAACUCAAAAAGCUAUGGCGGUUUCUAAUGCCUCUGUUGUUCUUAGCCCGAAUCUGGAGACAUCGUCGUCAUGGUAUCACCAUAAUCCGUCUUCUUCUCUAGACCUGAUUAGGAUUCAUACUCUUCCGAUGAAUAAGAUGACAAGGAGAGGUUUGAUACAGAGAGUGCGUUGCGAGACUUCUCCGUCCAGCGACUCAUCGCCUCUGGACAAGCUUAAGAAUUCUCCUGCAAUUGACAGAUACACAAGGGAGAGAAGCAGCAUUGUGGUGAUUGGGCUUAGCUUUCACACAUCUCCUCUAGAGAUGCGUGAGAGGCUUGCUAUUCCUGAAGCUGAAUGGCCACUAGCUAUCACUCAGUUGUGCGCUUUGAAUCACAUCGAAGAAGCUGCUGUUCUCAGUACCUGCAACCGUAUCGAGAUUUAUGUAUCCGCUCUUUCUCGUUACCGUGGUGUCAAAGAAGUCACUGAAUGGAUGUCUAAGAGAAGUGGGAUUCCAGUUUCGGAUAUCUGUCAGCAUCGGUUUCUGUUGUACAACAAAGACGCCACGCAACAUCUGUUUCAAGUCUCAGCUGGUCUGGAAUCUCUUGUCAUAGGAGAAAAUCAGAUACAAUCACAGGUUAGAAAAGCUGAACAAGUAGUUAAACAAGAAGGGUUUGGGAGGAUUAUCAGUACUCUAUUUGAAAAGGCAAACAAGGCUGGAAAGCGUGUCAGAGCACAGACGAAUAUCGCGUCUGGGGCUGUUUCCGUUAGCUCUGCUGCAGUCGAACUUGCUCUCACUAAGCUUCCAGGAUCUGUAUCAUCUGCUAUGAUGUUGGUAAUUGGUGCAGGAGAGAUGGGGAAGCGUAUAAUCGAGCACCUGGUUGCUAAAGGUUGCACUAAAAUGGUGGUUAUGAACCGGAGCGAAGAUAAAGUUGCAGCUAUCCGCAAGGAGAUGCAGUCUGGCGUUGAGAUUAUUUAUAAACCCCUUGACGAGAUUCUAGCUUGUGCUGCAGAAGCCAACGUGAUUUUUACUAGCACAUCAUCUGAGACACCAUUGUUCUUGAAGGAGCACGUAGAGAUCCUCCCUCCUUGUCCUGCAGAUUAUGCGAGGCUCUUUGUUGAUAUCUCUGUUCCUAGAAAUGUUGGGUCUUGUGUUGCUGAAUUAGACAGUGCACGGGUUUACAACGUUGAUGACCUCAAGGAAGUUGUUGCUGCCAAUAAAGAAGACAGGGCGAGGAAAUCAAUGGAAGCUCUCCCUAUAAUAAGAGAGGAGACAAUAGAGUUUGAAGGGUGGAGGGAUUCGCUGCAGACGUUUCCAACAAUCAGGAAAUUAAGAAGCAAAACAGAGAGAAUCAGAGCUGAAUGUGUUGAAAAAUUAAUCUCGAAACAUGGGAAUGGCAUGGACAAAAAGACGAGGGAAGCAGUAGAGAAACAAACCAGAAUUAUAGUGAACAAUAUCCUGGAUUACCCAAUGAAACAUUUGAGAUACGAUGGGACUGGUAGCAGCAAGCUGCGGGAGACGCUAGAGAAUAUGCAGGCUGUGAACAGAAUUUAUGAACUCGACGGAGAGUUACUCGAGGAGAAGAUUAGAGAAAAGAAAGACAAAAAGUAGAAAUGUUUUGCUCUGUUCUUUUGAGUUUUUGCUCUGUUUUGACAUUAUGGUCUUGUUUUUUAAUUUUUAAUGAAACGUUGG